AGACUUGGGUCGGCAGCUGCAGGGAGCUUCUUUUUAUCUCCGAUCAGGUCUACAAGUACGGCUGGGGCAGGGAAAUUCCUCUCACCUGAUCGUAAUCGGGGAAACGCUGAUGGGGUUACCGAUGGUGGAGCCUACGGUGUAUAAGAAAAGAAACAGGACUGGAGGUUGCACUCCCUCCCCAAAGAAACUCAAGACAAUCCUGGGUGGUAAGAUACCCAUACUGCAAGCAGAUGCCCUAGGGCUGAUUGAAGCUGCUAAUGAGAGUGAACAAGGAAUUUUGAAGAAGAAGGUUGGAAGACCUCUAGGAAGUAAGAACAAACAUCCUCGCCCACAGAAGAAGAUGAGUGGGACUUUGCGUCUAACUUACUCUUCGGUUGAUGCUGCUCAUGAGAUUAGCCCUAAGAAUAAGGGCAAAGGAAAGCCCUAA